GCGCCGAGGCAACCUUCCCCAGCCCUCUGCGGUACAGUCCUGCAGCUGCAGAACCCUGUGUCAUCUCUCCUAGUCCUCCUGCAGCCGCCCCGGCCGCUGUCCAGACCCUCUACCGGGGUUUGUGCGGCGGCUCGCACACCCCGCGACUCGCGUAUGCGCUCGGCACCUGCCCACCCGAAAACAUGUUGCAGAAACCCGAGAGCGGGGCUCUCCCCAUCCCUCAGGCGGAGAGGGAGAUGGAUGGCAGCCAUGACGGUGAGACCCAGGCUCUGACCGCCUCGCAGGAGAUGGCCCCGAGCCCCCUCCUGCAGGAGAGCCCCGAGGAGGACCUUGGCGCUGUAAGGGAGGAGGGGGCUACGGAACCCUGUCUCACCCCGAAAGGCGCGAGGGCUUUGGCAGCCAAAACCUUGGCCCGGCGUAGAGCCUGCCGCCGUCUGGAUCGGACGGUAGCCGAGUUGGUGCAAUUUCUGCUGUUGAAGGACAGGAAGAAGAGCCCCAUCACUCGCUCCGAGAUGGUGAAAUACGUUAUCGGAGACUUAAAGGAUCUAUUCCCUGAGAUCAUCGCAAGGGCCGCAGAGCAUCUGCGGUAUGUCUUCGGUUUCGAGCUGAAACAGCUUGACCGCAAGCACCACACUUACAUCCUGAUCAACAAACUAAAACCUAUUGAGGAUGAGGAGGAGGCUCUGAGAGGAGAUGGCCCCAGAUUGGGUCUCUUAAUGAUGAUCUUGGGCCUUAUCUACAUGAAAGGUAAUAGCGCCAGAGAGGCACACGUCUGGGCGAUGCUGCGUCGGUUGGGGGUGCGUCCCUCAAAGUAUCACUUCCUCUUUGGGUACCCGAAGAGGCUUAUUAUGGAAGAUUUCGUGCAGCUGAGAUACCUCAAUUACAGGCGUGUGCCUCACACCAACCCACCGGAAUGUGAAUUCUCUUGGGGUCCCCGAAGCAACUUGGAAACCAGCAAGAUGAAAGUUCUGGGGUUCGUGGCCAAACUCCAUAAGAAAGAACCCCAACACUGGCCAGUGCAGUACCGUGAGGCCCUGGCAGAUGAGGCUGAUAGGGCCAGAGCUGGGGCCAGUGUGAGGGCUAGGGCCAGCACCCACCCCUGGUGAGGGCCAGCUAGGGGUGGGGGUGGGGGGAUAUAAAAGCUACCGUCUGCGUCAUAAGUAGACUCGGUGGGGAGAGGGUCUUUAUUUAUGUAGCAUUUGUGUUCGUGUAACUAGGAUUUAGUUUUUGUAUCUUGCUCAGUUUUGCUACGUUAAUAUACUGUUAAAUUGAUGUUUAUAAAUGAAAUUCGUCUACUUUUUCCUGUAGGAUUUUGUUGUAGAUUUUUGCUGGUUUUGUAAAAUGAAUUGAAAAACUUUACAUUUUCUUCUGUGGUCUUGAACAAAUUAUGCAGCACCCAAUGAUGUAUUUAAUUAGUUUGAAGGAACUCAGCAGUAUGAUGAUCUGGUACCAGGGGAAAAAAAUAGCUGAAUGGUAUCUAGCUUUCUAGCAGUUUUUGUCUAUUGUAUAAAGGAAAAAGACUGACAUGUAACUCUGCUUAGUUAUUAUAAUAUCUGGUGGGGGGUGGGGAUGCAAUAAAUUAGAGGUAUAACCUGGUACACCUAAUAAACAUUUGUUAAGCAUC